GGUGCUCACACGAGCUGAUCUGAUCGCCGGCAAGAUCACUCAGGAGACCCGCCGGGCGCGUGGCCCCUGCAGGCGAGGCGAGCAGGCGAAGCCAAGUUCCCAGUGCACCCCUGCGCCCUUCCACGCUAUAGCGGCCGCAUCGCGCACACAGUAGCCUUGGGCAGUUCAGAACGUAAGUGCGCCCCGGCAGCCCUGCCCUCAUUCCGGACUUCUGCCCUCUAAGCACCCUCCCUUCGGUCCGUGCUUGCGUCGGUCCUGCACAGCGCAGCGAUGCCCGCCUCUUUGGAGACCUGCCUUUCAGACCUCGACUGCUCUACCAGUAGCAGCAGCAGCAGCGACCUGUCCGGCUUCCUCACAGACGAGGAGGACUGUGCCAGGCUCCAGCGGCCAGCCUCCGCCUCGGGGCCGCCCGUGCCGCCGCUCAGAGGCGCGCCGGGGAUCACUGGGGCGCUGGAUGCCCCAGGGGCGCAAGAUGAAGAGCAGGAGAGGCGGCGGCGCCGGGGCCGGGCGCGGGUGCGCUCCGAGGCGCUACUACACUCUUUACGCAGGAGCCGGCGCGUCAAGGCAAAUGAUCGCGAGCGCAAUCGCAUGCACAACUUGAACGCCGCGCUGGAUGCGCUGCGCAGCGUGCUGCCCUCCUUUCCCGACGACACCAAGCUCACCAAGAUCGAGACGCUACGCUUCGCUUACAACUACAUCUGGGCUCUGGCCGAGACACUGCGCCUCGCAGACCAGGGACUGCCCGGAGCCAGUGCCCGGGAGCGCCUUCUGCCGCCCCAGUGCGCCCCCUGCCUGCCAGGGCCCCCGAGCCCUGCCAGCGACGCCGAGUCCUGGGGCUCAGGCGCCGCAGCCACCUCGCCACUCUCCGACCCCAGUAGCCCCGCCGCUUCCGAAGACUUCGCCUACGGUCCUGGCGAUCCCCUUUUCUCCUUCCCUGGCCUGUCCAAAGACUUGCUCCACACGACAUCCUGUUUCGUCCCCUACCACUAGGCCCUUUACUUGACACUGUUACCUUCCCCCUUCCUUGUCUACAGUCAGUAGAUGGGGCCCUAGCUGUAGCUUCGGGACCCCCAAUCCUGGAGGAGGGAGGAGGCGGGAGCUUUAAAAGACUGGAGGAUACCUGAGCCGCUUGUUAGGUCGCUGCACCCUCAUUGACGCUGCCUCUUGGUCUGUUUCUCCAGCCCUCAGCAUUGGGCCCCUCCUGCCCGCCCCUAGACGGCCUUUUUCCUUUCGCACUUUCUGAACUCCACAAAACCUCCUUUGUGGCUGGCUCAGAGCUGACCCCAGCCACCACUUCAGUGUGAUUUAGAAAAGGGACAGAUCAGCCCCUGAAGACGAGGUGAAAAGUCAAUUUUACAAUUUGUAGAACUCUAAUGAAGAAAAACGAGCAUGAAAAUUCGGUUUGAGCCGGCUGACAAUACAAUGAAAAGGCUUAAAAAGGAGAGACAAGGAGUGGGCUUCAUGCAUUAUGGAUUCCAGGCCCCACCACUGCAGGCUCGCUCUAGGAAGAGCUCCAGACUAUUCCGUUGCUAUUCAGGCCGGGGCUGGAGAGUACUUUAAUUUAUUCAAGAUACUUCAUUCAUAUGAAAAUGUAUUUUUGUACAUAAAGAGUUUAUUCUAUUAUUAUGAGCUAUCAAAGUUUACAUUUUUGUACUGCAGAUGCUUCAUGUAAAUAAAAACUAAAAA